AUGAGUAAUAAUAGUAAUAAUUCAACCCUUACACCCACAACUACAUCAACCAUUGAUGAAAUUGAAAUGCUAGAAGAGCCAUUAAAUAUUUCAGAAUAUUAUGAGGGUGUUAGUGUUUUAAUAACAGGCGCUAGCGGCUUUUUAGGUAAAGUGUUGCUGGAAAAGUUGGUUUUCUCCCAACCCAAAUUAAAUAAAAUAUAUUUGUUGUUACGCCCGUUGAAUGGGGAAGCACCGCAUUUAAGACUGUCAAAAAUACUUGAGAGUCCAUUGUUUAGCCGAAUACGUUGCAAGGAUGAAAAUAGACUUGAAAGAAUGCUUGUGCCUAUAUGUGGGGAUUUGAUGCAAGAAGAUUUAGGACUUAGUCUCGAAGACCAAGAAACAUUAGCUAAUGAAGUUUCUAUUGGUAUGAGUUUAUAA